GUACCACGUGGUACAAGUACAGCUACAAACCAGAGACAGCACAGACAGGCGGACCGAGAUCUCAGGAAGAGAUACACCAUACCUGAACGUAGGGAAGUCUGGCGCGAACCACCAGCUUCUCUGUGGCCGAGUGAACAAUGGCGGGCGACAAUGGUAACCAUGCCGCUCCGCCAGCGGCAGGGGCUUCUCAAGGAGCCGUUGGCGCUCGGGCCGGAGCUCAGGACUCCCGCCAAUGUCCAAGGAAUGGUCGUUGGCUCACUGUGAACGAUGCUAUGGACUACCUGGAUGCCGUGAAGCUCGAGUUUCGCCAUCAGCCUGAGAUCUACGAUGAGUUCCUGGCGAUCAUGGGGCGGUUCAAGACCAAGCAAAUGCUACCUCCAGACGUAAUCGUCGAGGUCGCGAGACUAUUUCGGGGGCGAAAUUCGCUUGUUCUGCGCUUCAAUAGGUUUUUGCCGGAGGGCUUCAAGAUAGAACCUGACGACAUACAGCGUAUGGAGGACGAAGAAUGCGCGGCAAAGGAAGAAAAUGCCGGAGGCACAGCCCCAGGGCAUGCUGCAGGUGAUGGCGAUAGAUCGGUGAUGUCUGUACAAUCUGGGGAAGAAAGCGACCCCGAGGAAAGGGCGAUGGAGUUCGACCAUGCCAUUCACUAUGUAACGACGAUCAAGAGACGUUUUUCGGACGACGUUGGGACAUACAAGGCCUUCCUUGAAAUUCUGCACACGUACCAACGACAGCAACAAGAUACGCACUCAGGUAUCAAUCAUGUGCUGGAGCAGAUCACCGACCUGUUCGCCGACGAACCCGAUCUGCUGAGGGAGUUCACCUACUUUCUCCCGGACACCGUCCAGGCGCAGGCCAAGGAGAGGCUUGAUAGCGCUGCCGUGGAAGCCGAAGUUAGGCUGGGCCGUGCGCUGAACGGGCAGCGCGGGCAGCGCCUUUCUACGCACGCUCCUCAAGGUGGAUCCCAGCGUGGCAGGCUCGAUGGCCGAGCCAGGCCUGCAAAUUCGUCCCGGGGUCAGUCGCGCGGGCAUCGAACACAGCAACGAGUGCUGGGGGGAAGUAGCUCGACUUACAGGAGUGACGACGACGAACAAGAGUGGCGCGAGCAGCGCGCUUACGGCCGGGGUCGGACCAACACCCAGCGUGGCUAUCAUGGUGGGUACGGGUCACGCUCGCAGUAUUCAAACGGCGGGACCGGUAGUGAACCUGACCGGAACCCGUACGCUGGAAACAACCACAUGCAAACUCAGCGCGGUGGAAGGCAAGCCCGGAAGGGGCGCCAAAUGUGGUCUCAAGCUGAAGAUUACGAACUUGGCCCCGACGGUGUCUUCAAAGGGCCCAAAAAGCGCACGCGAGAAUCGGAUGACGCUGGCGGGGCUGGGGGUCGAGGGUGGUCGUCAAUGGACUCGCAAGGGACCAUCAAGACCUCUCCCGCCAACCAGUUGUUUGAUCAAGCACGUGAUGUACUGUCGUCGAGCGGAGACGACACUGAUUGGACAGAGUUCCUCAAGUGUCUCGACUUGUUCAGCAACGAAAUUUUGGGGCGGGACGAACUGCUGGAUAUGGUACAGGAUCUGUUCGAGGCCCACGACGGAUUUGACCUGAUGGACGAAUUCAAGGAUCUUGUCUACCGGCGGGGGAAGUUGGAACCACCCCCCAGAGACGCGAUGCCCACUUUGGGGCUCUCAGAGAUCAACUUCCAGAGCGCCAAGAUGUGUACUCCGAGCUACCGCGAGCUACCCCAAGAUUAUCAGGUCACCUCGUGCAGCGGACGGAGUCCAAACGAGGACGCAGUGCUGAACGACACGUGGGUCAGUGUUCCGGUCGGGAGUGAAGACAGCGGCAGCUUCAAACACAUGCGGCGCAACCCGAACGAAGAGCAGCUUUUCAAGGUUGAAGAUGAGCGCUUCGAGUUGGACAUGCUGAUAGACGGUGUAGCUUCGGCGAUUGCUCGGCUUGAACCGGCAGAAGAAGAGAUCGAGGCGUUAAGAGCCACGGCGGGGUCUGCUCUCGGGCAAAAUGCGGCCCCCGCAGCGACUAGUCGGGAGGGGGCUUCAUCCAUAAGUGGGCCAGACGGCGGUGAUGUAGUGUUGCCGCAAUUCCAGUACCGCUUAGACAGGCGCACGCUCGGAGCGCUACAUCUCAGCACAAUAUCUCGGCUCUACGGAGAUCACGGGCCCGAAGUUGUCGACCUGUUGCGCAAGAACCCAGCAGUAGCGAUUCCGGUGGUGUUGAAGCGGUUGAGGCUAAAGGAAGAGGAGUGGUGCGUGGCGCGGGAAGAAGCUAAGGGUGGCUGGAAGGAACUUGCCCAGAAACAUUUCCACAGGAGUCUAGACCACCGGUCGUACAACUUUCGCCGCGAAGACAAGCGCCAUACGUCUAACAGGGCUCUGCUUCAGGAAAUCAAGGACAGGAAAGUAGACGAGGACCCUCAGAAGGCCGCGGUCGUCAAGGCUGCCCGAGAAAAGGUUCACAGUGCCCAAAAAGACGUGCUGAUACUUGGGCGGGUAUCCCCUACGUCGACCGCUGCGGACGGCGACAGUAUAAACGGCCAGGGCAGUACGGGAGAAACUGAUACGGCGGCGCUGGAUGGAAGUGCUGCUGCUACAGCGACGGACAGCCCAGGCACGUUGCCUGUGAAGAGCGACGAUACAGCGACGACGGGCAGUCGGCCACGAAGCAAGGAGGGUAUCCGGGUAUUGAGGCACCAGGCAGAGCAGACCUCUCCGUGGUACAUGUUUGCCCACUUGACGCUGAAGUAUCCACAAGAAGGAACGCCUGGUAUCCACAAGGACAUCAUGGAGCUUCUGACGCACACUCUGGCGCGUCGCCCUCCAUCGGAAGACGACGUUCGACAAGCUUCUACAACAGUGGCAGACUUGCUGCCGGCCUUCUUUUCUCUCGGAAGAUCCAAUCAAGCGGCAAAUGGAGAGGGGAGCACGGCGUUAGGUGGAAACGGAGGCUGUGCCCAGAGCAGCGGCGAUGAAAGGAAGGGGGAUCGGCGACGUAGCCCCCAGAGUGUCACAAACGAAGGAACAGCUCUAACCCCGGAUCCCCAAGGGUGUGUUCCUGCGAAAGACUCUGAAGGCCGUGCCUCGUCCAACCCCCUCCCCCAGGGGCAAGAGGUGAUGUUCACGACAACCGACUUCUAUCUGGUGCUACGUAUGCACCACUUACUCGCGGAGAGACUCGCUGAAGCGAAAAAACUGUGCAGCGAGGCAGGGCUGUCACGCCAGACUGUGGUGGCCUCCCCCCAAGAGGUCCUGCGAGCGAGUGCGGGUGUCACCGGCACCGGCAUGCAUGCAGCCAAUGGAGACAAGGAGGAAAUAGGGUACAAGACAUUCCUUGGGCACCUGUACGAUUUGCUGGAGGAGAAGAUCAACACGGAGCGUUACGAAGAGGGUGUGCGGCAGCUAGUGGGAAACCAGGGCUAUGUCCUGUGUAGUCUCGACAAGCUUGUGGUGGGUCUGCUCCAAAAUCUGUACCGCGCGAGCGCAGACAAGGUCUUCCACAAGCUCACUCAGCUAUAUUACUACGAGCGAACGACGCAGACCGAAGGAGUGGUGCCUGCCAUCUACAGGGGUCACGUCCAGGAACUACUGAGUCGCUCGGAGAAAGAGGUGGUGCGGGUGCAAUACCACCCUGGAGCGCAAAAGCCAUCUGGUGGCUGGCUGCUGGAACCGGCGUUGAAAAUGGAAUUCUUAGGUCGUGUGGGCACUGAAGCAACUCAGGAGGGUGCUAUUGAAACUGACAGCGCAACCGAUGGCACUGCACAAAAUGAGGCCGUUGCGGCUGAGGAAUAGCAAAACUGAGCUUUCCUCCCGUUUUGAGCGCCACCUUGUGACUUUCGAGGUCCUCGCGGACACGAGUGUAGGCUGAUACUAGGGGGAUUAAUAUCUGGGGAGUAAGUGUCUGGAGGAGCAGCGAGAUUGUAUGUUUUGCCCAGUGCAGUGAAGUAUGGUGUCACGACAAUUAACUGUGUGUCGGAAAAGUUACGGUGGUGUGUCGUCGAUGUAUCUUGCCCUUCCCUCUAACCUCGCCUUACCCUAAUUCUUCUCGCAUCGAAUGGAUUGAGCAAAACAAUCGCCUCUUUUCACCACGAACAUGCCAUGCAAAGCGGGAGUGGCCAAUACUGUACCUCAGUGUUUCCCGAGGCUUUUCGGAGAAAGCGCAGAAUGUCGACAAUACACGACUUGAGUCAUGAGUUCGUGAAGCCAGUAACGCAUCGACUCAUGGAACAAUACCAAAUAUUCGUCUCUUUUUUCGUUACAAGUGGCCAAGGAUCGCACUUCUCGAAAGUGCAACCGCUAAAUAGAAUUUCGAAGCACAUCCUAUGCCGAGUCACGUGGAGUGAAAGUCAGCAGAAGUUGUGCGAAGUAGGACGUUCAAGGAUCGUCAAAAUGAGCAACUCGCGCAAGCACACGACCUUCUGCGCUGUUGCGGGAACCAAGCCUACCGAUAUCACUCACGGGCACCUUCAUUUUCAUAGUAAAAUGAGCUGGUUUGCCCACUGAUUCAGACCACAACCUCAAAACCUUUUCGCGUUUUGCAGCAUGACUCGAAUCGAGGCGAAAACACAACAGCUGGGGGUUUAUCUCACAACAUGCCUAACAAUGUGCGGACAACGACAAAACUCACGUACAUGCACCUAAUUCGACUCCACGGUCGACGACGGAAAAUAAACGGCUGAGAUAUUCUCGUCACAAAAGCAGAGGCAAGCACAACAGGAGGAAUGGGGAGAAACGCCAUUUCGUUUCCUGUGUGGUGGCCCCGGCUGGCAUCCAAAAUCGAAACGGGUCUGGAAAUCAACGCCCAGAACAACCGGAAGACACAUACACGCCCUACCGCACAACCACCUCUCCUGCGACCAUCUUAGGGUACACACGCUUGUACAGAUUUAAACAAACGGUGUCAUUUUGCUUGACCGCCUUAUUGAAGAUGACCUUCAUCAGCCCAUGCGUUCCGACGGGCUCCUUGAUAUGCCCCGUGAGCCCGUACUUGGUGACCAACUCUGCCGGCUUGAACCACUUGACGUCUCCGGGUCUAUGGAACAUGUGCUUCA